GGCUUUUAUCUUCGUCCUGCAACUCAGGUCUCUGAGGAAAGACCACGAGUUCUAUCUUCUUCAACAGAAUCUCGAAUAGUCCUCUUAAAAAUUAUAUAAAAAGAAUUCACAGCACUGAAAAUGUCGCAGUAACAUUUAUUCAGUGUGGCGCAAAACAGUGUCCAUCAAAAACAAAAAGAACAAAGAGGAUCCAGGUGGUAAAAACCUAGGCAAAUCCGAGUCAUAAUAAUAAAAUUUUAACCUUUUUAGUUUUAUUUUCUUGAAAAUCCAAAAAAAAAAAAAAAAAAACCCAGAAAUUCCUUGCAAUUGAAGUUACCCUUUUCUUCUUUUCGUUGUUUCUUCUCUAUCAAUCAAAACCCAUAUACUUUCUUUACUCGAUUUCUCUCCUCCCCAAGGAAACCCUAAGUCUCCGUACCCGAGAAAUUUCAAACCUUUGCUGUAGAGACCAGCGGGGAGAGUCAUGGGUCGUGACACAUUGGCACUAACGCCGGCGGCUGUAAAACCUCCGAGCAAUACAGCGGCGGCGGGAACGGCACUGGCACCUGGGUUUCGAUUUCACCCGACUGACGAGGAACUGGUGAGCUAUUACUUGAAGCGAAAGGUUUUGAACAAGCCCGUCCGUUUCAAUGCUAUCGGGGAAGUCGAUAUCUACAAGCACGAGCCUUGGGAACUCGCAGAUUAUUCAAGGUUGAAGACAAGGGACCAGGAAUGGUACUUCUUCAUUGCAUUGGAUAAGAAGUAUGGAAAUGGGGCAAGAAUGAAUAGAGCAACCGGCAAAGGCUACUGGAAGGCAACAGGCAAGGACAGGGAAAUCCGUCGGGAUUCCCAGCUGAUUGGGAUGAAGAAGACCCUUGUUUUCCAUAGCGGGCGUGCCCCAGAUGGGCUCCGAACGAACUGGGUUAUGCAUGAGUACCGGUUGGUUGAGGAUGAAUUGGAAAGAAAUGGACCUGCACAGGAUGCAUACGUGUUAUGCAGGGUGUUCCAUAAGAAUAAUAUUGGACCACCUAGUGGGAAUCGAUAUGCACCUUUUAUUGAGGAGGAAUGGGAUGAUCGUGCAGCAGCUGUGAUUCCAGGAGAAGAUGCUAGGGAUGAUCCACCAGCUGGUGAUGAUGCUAAUGGCAGUAAUGAUGUUGAACAGGUUUGUACACUAUGGUUUUAAACUUCUCAUAAAUAC